GCACCAAGGACCCGAACACGAAUCACGACAGCUUGCACCAGGUGUCAAAAGCGGAAAAUCCGUUGUGACGCUCUGUCCCCCGCAUGUGGCGCCUGCCAGCGAGCAGGUGUGCCAUGCGUAGGUGGAGGGACAUCGAGAGACUAUGUCAACGAACUGGAAGCUCGAAUCAGAUGGUUAGAAUCAAUCGUUCAGCAGCACGCCCCAGAUGUUGACUUAAGCGCCGGGCCCGGCCGUUCAUCUGGCACCGAUGGAGGUAAUCCACCCAGAGAUCGGCAGACCGCGCAGCAGAGUCAGCAAGCUGGAGACAACCACUCUCCUGGCAAGAUAACAGAUCAAAUUAGCCUCAUCUCCCUCACCAGCGGCACAGAUCUUCGUUUCCUUGGCCCGUCGAGCGGGUUGUUCUUCACCAAGUUUGUCCUGGCCGGGCUUGGAAAACGACUUCAUGUCGACAAAGAGUCGGCUACAGACACGACAACCGACAAUCUAGCCAUCCCUUCUGACCUCCUAGUUCCACAGCCGAAAGAACUACCCUCCGAUAUCAAACAUGCAAGAUGGUUAUCUCAGACCUACUUCAAUGUGGUCCAUCUUCACUUUCCGUUUCUACACGAGCCCACAUAUUGGGAAACCAUUGACAAGAUCUACGACGAUGUCGAGGUGGGCGUGGUAGCCGAGUUCCAGGUCUUCAUGGUUCUAGCAAUAGGAGCAACCAUUCUCUCGCGCCGGACAAGAGUUGCUUUAUCGCCAGAGGGUUACUAUGCCUCGGCCAUGAACAUAGUGGCUUGUGCCAUGAAGAUGCCGUCGGUGAGCUGCGUGCAGUGUACCCUGCUUCUACAAAUGUACGCCUUCAACAACCCGACAUCUGGCCUGAGUCUUUGGACGCUUCAUCACCAUGGACUUGCGAUGGGGAUCGAGCUUGGUCUUCACCGGAAUGUCCCAGAGGGUACCUUUACCCCCUUUGAAAGUGAGAUUCGCCGUCGGAUCUUUUGGUCCAUAUACACGAUUGACAGGCUGUUGAGUACUCUUAUGGGACGACCAAUGGGUGUGGUUGAUGAGCAGUGUGAUCUCAAUCCCACCAAUAUGAGCAGUGCAAUCCAUCUCUUCAAACUUGCGAGGUUCAACAGCGAGAUCAAAUGCGUCCUAUACUGCGCCGACCGGCAAUACCCCCCAUACACAGCGCCAGUAAUCACUGAUACCGAGAGCUGGAGAGUCGAUAUACUGAACCGACUGCGACAAUGGAGACAAGACAUACCGCGGCACGGGGAAGCGAGUCCACGACACCAUCUCAACCUCUGGUGCGAAAUCAAGUAUCACGAACUCCUCAUGCUUAUUCUCCGACCAAACCCUCAGCUCCACAAUCCUGACAAGGCGACCCUUCGCGAGUGUUUUUCCAGCGCCAUGGCCUGCAGCGAGCUCUACCAUCGACUAUACAUGACCAACAUGCUCCACUACGGCUGGAUGAGUGUCCAUUCGCUCUUCUUAUGCGUCAUGGUCAUGUUUUACUGCGUCUGCACACCUCGAGGGAUCGCCGACGAAGCAGAUUUUGACGCCCUGAUGCGAGCCUUGAAGGUGUCGUCAGACAUUCUCAGCGCCAUGGGAGAGUACUGGCCAGAGGCAAAGAAGAGCCGUGAUGUGCUCGACCGUGUUUCAACGGCAACAAUACGACGUUUCACGCAGAACUUGAACGCGACACGAAACAACCCAACCCCA